AUUUCAGUGUUGUCUGUGACCACUCCUUAAAAAGCUAAUUCGAAAACGGUCUGGAACCAUUUUUGGAACUUGCCAUUGCUAUUUCACACCUCGAAAGACGGAGUGAAUUUUAAUAUAUUGUCCCCUAGCUCGAUCUUGUCUCUACGGUAUCUCACUUUUUCAUCAUGCAUACCAAGAAUGUUCUGGUUGGCCUCCUCAGCGCCACUGCCUUCGCCGAGGCCUCAGUUAUUCGUCCGUUCGAUCAUAUCAUGAACCGACGAGCAUCCCACGCGCUUAACACUAGACAGUUUGGUGGCGGCUUCGGACAGGGUGGCGGCUUCGGCAAUGGUUUCGGUGGCGGCGGCUUCGGCCAAAACGGCAACAACGGACAGAACAAUGGUCAGAACAACGGGCAAAACAAUGGUCAGAACGGUCAGAACAACGGCCAGAAUAACGGGCAAAACAACAACCAGAACAAUGGUCAGAAUAACGGGAACAACAACAAUAACAACAACAACAACAACCAGGGCACCUUGACGUUGGACGCCAAUGCUGUACAGACUGGUUCUCAGUCUGAUGGUAACCCGGACCAGGCUCAGGGAGAGUCGGCAUCCCUGACUGACCAAGCCAACUUCAUUAACUUCUGUUCCGGCAAGGAUUUGACGAACGGUCUUCAAGUCAAGGGUGGUUCUUGUAACGGUAUCCCUAUGGGUGAGAUCCCUUCGACUCAGAACAUGGUGUCGAGCAUUUUGGUCAACCCUCAGCACAACGACAACCUCGCCGCCAAUCAGGAUUUCGAUAUCCAGGUCCAGGUCGACAACUUCCAGGCUGGUACCUUUACUAACGCUGACAACACUUACUACUCCGCUCCCCAGCAGCUCAAUGGGCAGGGUCAGAUUAUUGGUCACACUCACGUUACUGUUCAGGAUAUGGGUAACUCUUUGACCCCCAACCAGCCUUUGGACGCCACCCAAUUCGUCUUCUUCAAGGGCAUUAACGAUGCUGGCAACGGAAACGGUCUACUGUCGGCUACUGUCACUGGUGGCUUGCCUGCCGGUAACUACCGUGUAUGCACCAUGUUCUCCGCUUCCAACCAUCAGCCCGUCCUUAUGCCCGUUGCUCAACGUGGUGCUCAGGAUGAUUGCAACAAGUUCACUGUUGGUGGUAACAACAACAACAACAACGGCGGCAAUAACAACAACAACAACAACGGUGGUAACAACAACGCAGGAGGCAACGCCAACCAAAAUGGCCAGAACGGUCAAAAUGGCCAGAACGGUCAAAAUGGUCAGAAUGGUCAGAAUGGCCAGUUCGGUCAGAAUGGCGCUCAAAACGGUCAGAAUGGUGCCCAGAAUGGCGCAAAUGCGGGAGGCAGAGGCAAUGGCAACAGUAAUAACUCGAACACAAAUACUGGCGCUGGCGGUAAUGCUAAUGGCAACACUCAACAGACUAAAGACCUCGGCGGUGCAGCUCCGGGUGUAACAAGCUCUGGAGACCCCAAACGACCGUUCGCCGUUAAUGGUAACACGUUUGUAAACGAGGCGGCCGCGAAGCAGAGGGCCUGCGAUAUCCAAAGGAACAGCUGUAGCGAUGCAGCGAACGGUGGUGCUGGUUUCACACUCGCCGAUUGCAAUACCCAGGCCCAAACUUGCAAUGCUGCUGCAACUGCAUAGUUAGGAUCUGGGGGAUAGGGGAUGAUAUGGAGUAGGCAUCGUGACAUCGUGGCAUUUUGGCUGUCAGCGAUGCAGUUGGAUUUCUGAUUCGUACGGCUCUCUACUUUGCUAUGCGUCCCCCAAUGUUGAUGUAAUGUCAUGUCACGCUGUGUGUGGCAAAUAGGGAGUCUCUGACGGUCGGGCGCGCACGACAAUACCUUUUUUUAUAAUGAUCAACCAAACGCUCUGACUGUACAUUUUCAUGAGGCUUUUAUUACCC